AUGGCAUCGGACAACGGGCCCAUCGCGACAGCACUCCCUUCCAUCACCGCCGCCGCCGCCGCCGCCGCCGCAUCACCACCACCACCUCCUCCUUCUCUACCACAGCAGCAGCAGCAGCAGCAACUCGCUCCAGCUCCACCCUCGACCGCGUCUCCAGAUCCUAGCGCUAGUGAAAUCAAUCAGUCGUCUCUCAAGCGGCCACGCGACGAAUCACCCUCCUCGCCCACUUCCCCCGUUACCGGCCGGCUCGCCCGCGAGUAUUCUCCAGCCAAAGUCGCUCGCCUUGGCCUGUCGGCACAAGUGUCUGCGCCGCUCCAACUCACCGGCGUCGCUGCGCUUGAGGAGGAGCGACGCCGUAGGGAGGAGGAGCAAAGGCGCAACCCGCCCGGCGUCAGUGAGAACCCGAACCAUAGGACCUUGAAUGAGCUGCUGUCGGGGGGGAAUAUGGCUAUAAGUCGCCCACAAGAUGCGCCAGCAAACAUGGAGGAAAUGGCCCUCGCUGCCGAGGCCACCAAGGCUCUCGGUGGGCCAGUCACGAUACCACAACCCAACGUGUCCGACGCGAGGACAGACAUCAGUCCUCAUAGCUCAAGUGGCCCUACCGGCACCGCUGGAGCCCAACUCGUUCUAAACAGCCCGGCCCCUAUGGAGAUUGACUCCCGGGACGAGCGCCAACUGAUCCUGCCGCAGCCCGAGGCGCACAUGGAGGAAAAGACACCGACCUCGCUCUCCUUCCCUGGAGUCUUGCAGCCUGGCUCGGCAAUGGGCGCCCCAGCUCCUCCAGAUCGCCACUACAGCCUGCCAAACAAUGGAGAAUCUGCCUCCACGUCGAAUAAAAAGCACAAGUGCCCGUAUUGUGACACCGAGUUCACGCGCCAUCACAAUUUGAAGAGCCACCUGUUGACCCACAGCCAAGAGAAGCCCUACCUGUGCCAGACCUGUAAUCUGAGGUUCCGGCGGCUGCACGACUUGAAGCGGCAUGGAAAACUACAUACGGGCGAGAAACCUCACGUGUGCCCAAAAUGCGACCGCAAGUUUGCGCGUGGAGAUGCGCUGGCUCGCCACAGCAAGGGGGCUGGCGGUUGCGCCGGUCGCAGGGCUUCCGUGGGGAGCUAUGGCGAACAGGGCGAGUAUGAUGGAAUGUCUCGGAACGAAGGUGACGAUGCAUCACUGGCUCUCUACGAAGGCAAUGGCGAUGUGGAUAUGGCCGACCAAGAACAUCGCCGAGUUAGCCUGCCAGCAAUGAAGGCGCAACCUACUGCUAGCUCUCCUGAACCUGUGGGACCUCACUCUCGCACGUACCCUCCUGUUGGGCCGAGGACAGGGCCACCAGGAGUCUUUUACCCUCCAUCCGGCGAGCGCGGUGGCAUCAAUGCUAGUUCAAACGCACCUCCCUCAAGUAUGGUCAACAGUAUUGCGGGCAUCACCGAAAGCCCCAAGCCUUUGAGCCCUGCUGUACACGAUCAAAACGCCGUGACCCGUCAGCACUCCCCUGGUUCAACCAGCCAGUAUCAACAGCAGCCGUAUACUCGGCGUGUGUCUGAGAGAGAGAUAGCUCCCGGAGCACCGCUACCUCCACCACAAGGGCCACCCAACCACGUAAACAGUGCUGAUGGCUCCGCAAACUUGUUUGCGCAAGGCGAGCAGGGUUUGUGGGCCUAUAUCCAGCAGCUCGAGGAGAAGGUCAAGGAUCAGCAUGAGUGGCGUAUGACUGCAGAGGCAACUUCCAAGGACCUCAACUUGCGGCUUGCGAGGGUAGAGAGACACAAUGCCGAGCUGACGGAUGAACUCAGCAACCUGCGUCGGACGAUCGAGUUGUCUAGAGGUCGUCGGCCAAGCAAUGGUGGAGCAGCACCCGCCUGA